AUGGGCGUCACCAACAAGCGAACCAUCACCAAGACCCGGCGCAAGACCAGAGACGUCGACCAGGUCAAGGCCGACCUCCUCUCGCCCAAGCACCUCAAGCAGUUCAUGGAGACCAAGGCCGCCGAGGACCUUCCUGGACUCGGCCGACACUACUGCACCGAGUGCUCCAAAUGGUUCGAUACGGACGCCACGCUGGUUGCGCAUCGCAAGGGAAAGCCUCACAAGAGAAGACUCAAGCAAAUCGCCGAGGGACCUUAUACUCACAAGGACGCCGAUGCUGCUAUAGGCCUUUGGACGGAUAAUGGCGACCGAAAGCGUACCGAUAUGGACAACGACGUGUCCAUGGAUCCCUGAGAUUCUUGUCCGAAUUCGAUGAUAUCCUCUUCAACGUAUAAUCGGCAUGCGCAUUAAGCAUGAUGGGUUUUCAGGCGUAUUUUGGUUGCAUUUGAUUCAGCUGGGAUGAUAUUUGGACGGCGUUGCGGGCGGCAAUCCUGGUAUACGAGCGUGUGUUCGAGGCGAAAACUUCAACUUCACCUGACUCCCCUACCGCGCGCCCUAGCAAGCCCACUAGGCCGGCUUCGACCAACUCCGCGGGUGGAUCUUCCUCUCGAUGAUGUUCCCCGACCAGGCGCUGAGGGAAGACGGGAUUGACGGGGCUCUGGUGUGGUGAAUCUGGACGACUUGGUUGUUGUGGGUGGGUUCUCGACGAAGGACGUAUCCGUUGUCCUAUGGAAUGGUUAAAAUUUGAAAAUGGGCGCGAUAUGGAGAGGACUUGCAUGAAUGUCAUAUCUGUGUCAGUCUCGGAUCGUGAAGGAGCCUCAGCGGGUUGCUCUUGUCUUGUCCUAUCUCGGCGGAACGACUCUGGGACAGGCCCCUGUAGGCAGUGUGAGCUCAUAUACCAGACACAUAAACUCUAGAUAGCCCCGGAGUAUAAGACCAAUAGACCUACCUCUGG